ACGCCGUCUCCAUGGUGAUACAGCUGGGUGCAGCAUGUCGGAUCUUGGCUCUGAAGAGAUCGAAGAGGAGGCAGAGAAUGAUUUGGGGGAAUAUGAAGGUGGACGCAAUGAGGCUGGUGAACGGCAUGGACAUGGGAAAGCCAGAUUACCCAAUGGAGAGGACUAUAUAGAUUUAAAAAUGGUGCAAGGUACAUUGGUGAAUACCUUGAAAAUAAAAAACACGGCAAUGGGAUCUUUAUUUAUCCAGAUGGAUCAAAAUAUGAAGACAUGGGCAAGGUACUUAUUUCUAUGCAUUAACUGCUUCUAAAUAUGUUGGCACUUGGGCAAAUGGGCAACAAGAAGGAGCUGCUGAACUUGUUCACCUAAACCACAGGUUCCAGGGAAAGUUUGUGAAUAAAAAUCCAUUAGGUGCUGGGAAGUAUAUAUUUGAUAUUGGAUGUGAGCAGCAUGGUGAAUAUUGUCAGGAGGAGAAAACAGAAGAAGAGGAGGAAGAAGAACCUUUGGUAUCAAUGACUCCAAAAUGGAAAGCAACAAAAAUUACUAAUCUAACACUGUGGGUACCUGAAGAACCACCUCCUCCAGAAGCAGCUCCAGCAGCUGCAGAAGGUCCAGCAGCUGAGGAACCUGUAGUUGCAGCUGGUGAGGAGAGUGCUGCUGAAGGACCCUCAGAAAGUGCAGAGGCUGCUGCAGAGGCAGGGGAGGCCACUGAAGCAGCCUCUUCACCGAAAGAUAUGGAGGAAGAAGAGGAGGCAGCUAAAGAUGACCAAGGAGAUCAGGCUGAAGAAAAGGAAGAAGAUACAAGAGAAUCUGAACCUCAAGAAUAAUGGACACAAAUUACAAAAGCAUGGAAAGGAAUUAGUUUUAAUUCAGUCACAUAAAGUUCAUUAAUUGAGAAUUUGAAUACAUAUUGAAUUCUCUCACUGAAAUCAUUGGCUAAUUGUGCUGAGUAUAUGACUUCAAUUUCGGUAGUUUAUUAGCUGGUUUGCUUGCUUAAUGUUGGAAGCAGCAGACUUGUUUCUUUUCUGUCUGAGGUAAGAUUUCCACUUCCAUCUUUACUCAUUCCUACCUCUUUUCUUCCUCCCCAACCCCCUCACCAAAAAAAUAAAAUGCUAUCUUUUCUGAAUUAUUUUCAACACUUUAAAAAAGUUUGUUAUGCAUAGUUUAAAGAAACAAUAAAAUUUAUA